GGGAUUCGGCGCGCGGUAGAGUUGCGGCCUCCCAGCCAUGGAAGAGAUCUUUGCCAAGUUCGUGUCCCAGAAGAUCAGCAAAACCCGCUGGCGGCCGGUACCCCCCGGGAGUCUGCAGCCCGCCGAGACCUUCGUCACCGGCUCUUGGGACAAUGAGGAAAACAGUGUUUCACUCUGGUGUAUUGGAGAUUUUGGUAACUUGAGCACUGAUGGAGGGUUUGAAGGAGAUCAUCAAUUAUUGUGUGACAUCAAACAUCAUGGUGAUGUAAUGGACUUGCAGUUUUUGGACCAGGAAAGAAUUGUAGCUGCUUCAUCAACAGGAUGUGUAACAGUUUUUCUUCACCAUCCGAAUAAUCAGACGCUUGCAGUCAGCCAGGAAUGGGUAGGAGCCCACUACCACAUUGGCCCAGGUAGUCCUUCCUAUAGGAGUGCACCAUGUACUGGUAUUGUAUGUAACAGUCCAGAGAUUGUUACUGUUGGAGAAGAUGGCAGAAUCAAUCUCUUCAGAGUUGAUUACAAGGAAGCUGUACGGACUAUAGAUAAUGCAGACAGUAGUACUCUCCAUGCAGUGACCUUCCUCCGAACUCCUGAGAUUCUCACAGUAAAUUCAAUUGGACAGUUAAAGAUAUGGGAUUUCAGACAGCAAGGAAGUGAACCAUCUCAGAUACUGUCACUGACUGGAGACAGAGUUCCACUUCACUGUGUUGAUAGACAUCCCAACCAGCAACAUGUUGUAGCUACAGGUGGUCAGGAUGGAAUGUUGAGUAUUUGGGAUGUUAGACAAGGUAGCAUGCCAGUGUCUCUGCUGAAGGCUCAUGAAGCUGAAAUGUGGGAAGUUCACUUCCACCCAUCCAACCCAGAUCAUCUGUUUACUUGCUCUGAAGAUGGAUCCCUUUGGCAUUGGGAUGCCUCCACAAAUGUUCCUGAAAAAUCAUCACUUUUUCACCAAGGUGGAAGAAAUAGCACAUUAUUAGCUCAUCCUUCAAGUAACCAGCUUAAUGUUAACCAAUCCCUUAUAAGUUCCUGGCUCAGCACUGAUCCAGCAAAAGAUCGUAUUGAGAUCACUAGUUUAUUGCCAAAUAGGACACUGUCCGUCAACAGCUUGGACGUUUUAGGAUCUUGUCUUCUUUGUGGAACUGAUGCAGAAGCAAUUUAUGUUACUAGACAACUUUUCUCAUGAAUGUUAAGUCUCAGUUCUGAGUUUUGAUUUGCCUCUGUUUUAACUGUUGAAUCCCAAUUUGUAUGUAAACUUCUCAGUGGGAACUUACAUUUUAAUGUGGAAUCAUUAGUAAAUGAAUGAACAGUUUUUAGUUUUGACAAUUGGGUAUACCUGUUACUUAAUUGUAAGACUUGGUGUCUGAUGACAGAAAACCUUGAACGUUCAAGAGAGUAUCAAAGAUAUCUUUGGGCUGCUGUUAUAUGCUUUAAAAUUUUUUUAACUUCUAAAAAUUAGCUGUAAUAACCUUCAUAUUACAUUAUAGUAAUGUUUAAGAAGCAAGUAUGUGCAUAGAUAAGCUGAUUUUCCAAGGUUUGGUAUGUUAAAAUUUUUCAUUGUGAGAAUAGUGAUAAGAUAGGGCAAAGAGGUUAACACUAGUUAUGCUGUCUUUUUCGUCAUUAACUAAAUGACCUCCUCUCCUUCACUAUUAAUGUGUAUGGAACAAAUAUUUUAUAAGGACACUAUCCUAGGCCCUGAAACUAACAAAUCUACAUCACUAAGAGAGGAAUUCUCCUUUAUAAUUUUGGUGAGGAGUCUACCAGUUUCAUGUUUCUUUAGGAACCACUGGCCAGUGUGAUUUCAUUUUAUUCUCUUAUUCAUUCUUAAUCACCUAUUUCCAUCUAUUCAACAUUGGUCCCCUUAUUCUAAAUGUGUCUGCUUAAGUCUUGGAAUGUCAACAUUAUAAAGGUGAGAAAAGCAAUCUAGUUCCUUUAGUAAUGUUUUUGAAAUGAACAUCAUGUAUAUAAGCCAAAAUUUAUUUUGGUUGAACAUUUUUUGUUACCAAAGAAAUUUAAUUUAAGCUUUCAAGAUUUAAUUUUUAAAAUCCUCAUAUGACUUUGUGCAUUUACAUUUAAUGCAGCUAGGAAAUUUGGUAAGCUAAAUUGCUUUGUCAUUGGGUAACGUAUAUAUAAAAAUAAUGAAUUUGGUCAUAUGGUGGGUUGUCUUUUACUAGGAUAUUGAUGGUAACUUAAUAUGAUGCUAUUAAUUAUGAUGCUAAAUUUUGUCAAAGUUUAUUAGGUCAAACAGUUUUCAUUAGACCAUUGAGAUUUAAGUCACAGCAGUGUUGACAUAACAGAACUUUAUGUUUACCUUAGGAUUUCAUGAAAAGAAAUAUUUUUUAUUUAGUUUUUCUAUUCAAAUAAAUAUUUUCACCAGAUUGUUAGUUACUCCAAUAUUGUCAUAUCUCAUUUAUUUUUGUAAUAAAACUUUAAAGCUGAAUACAUCUACCCACUUUAUUUUUAUGAAAUAGGGCCAUUGAUUUGAUUAGACAUGUACUCAGUAAUUCUGAUUAAAGAGAUGUCAGAUUAGAAUACUAGCUAAUACUGAGCAAGAAAGAAGAGUUAAGCGUAUGAAUUACCCUUCUGAAGGUGUAACUACUUAAAGUAAUAGAGAUGUGUCUUUUUUAAGAUAAGAAUGUUUGC